UUGUAGGUUGUUAGAACAAGUAGAUAGACACAAAGGCAAGGACGGACGAGAGAGAGAGAGAGAGAGAGAGAGAGUGUGUGUGUGAAAGGACUCCAGUGUUGUCCAACACCAAGCAGCAAAGGACACUUUUUAACAUUUUUUUCAACCUAUAUUUUUUACCUUUGUCAGUCUGCAUCAGUGUCAUUUGGAUAGGAUAAGUCAUGGACCCUCCUCUCCUGCCGGUGGCCAGGAUGGAGGUGGAUGUGGACCUGGGCUUUGCCCUCUUCUUUUUCUUCCUGCUCUGUUCCUUCCUGCUGUUCACCAUAGUGCGCUGUGCCCAGAUGGUCCUGAACCCCUACAGCGCCAUCUCUGUCGCCGCAUACCAGACUACGGAGGAACAAACUGAGGACUGACCUCACUCCAUAAUGGGCAGGAAAUAAUGUGAUCAUAGUGGAAGAACCCUAGCCCGACUGUGGCUAGUGUGCUGAAGGUGGGAAGUUUGGUUUCGUAGUUGGACUUGUGGGAAUCAGGAGGAGCAGAAAGCACAUGAAGGGAGUGAUACUUAAAAGUUUGGAGAAUUCAUCGGUCUGCAGGUCUGAAGAUGAACAUCACACAACAUGAUAACCUGGAAAACAGGAGCAAAUGGGACCAUGAGGAUUUCAAGUUGUUACAGUACAGUUUAUGUUUAGGCAAUGUGCUUUUGGGAAAGUCUAUAAAUGUGGGAACAAAUCAGUUGUCAGCAUGUCAUGGA